CCAUUAAAAGAAGGCGGUCCUGACCACAGAGGAACUAUUUUUGGCGUGUCGUGAGUUCCUACCCGGACCGGCUAGCAGAUGCACCGUUGCUAUUGGAUGCAACAUAACUUCAGUUUCCCGACAGCAAAGUCAUUCUAGCGAUGUUAACAAGGGAAGGGAGGCUCUCAUGCACCACAGCCAGUAUUUUCUGACGUUUUAACCGUUUGAUGUAGGGACGUCAUCGUGACGGAAACUCUUAGUGACACGUUGGUCCCGGGAGCUAACAGGAGCUAACUGAGCUAGCGGCAGGAUUAGAUGUAAAUCUGUCAACAGCCGCGGUCAGCAGUCCGGUAGAUUAACGGCUGGACCUGAAGUAGAAAUCGGGUGAAAUAUGUGGUGAAUGUACGGGAGCCGACGGGGACACGAGGAGGAGGAGGUUCACAGCCUGAAGCCUGAUGAAGAGCUCGGACUGAAUACAGUGUGAGUCAUGCUGAACAUUCACGGUUGCAGUCUCACAGUAGAACAGCUGACGUCCUGAACCUGAACGUCCCACCAGCUUCAGUUCAGGUUGACUCUCCAGGUGUUUGAACAGGACUGAGAUGGACCUGAGGCACUCUAGACUGGGCCAGGCCAGGCUGCUCCUGGACGUUUCUCCUGUCACUGUGCUGGUUUGUCGAGUGCUGACACCUCCAGCAUGUCAGACAGUGAUCCACCCACUGUAGAGGACCAGAUGACUCCAGGUCCUGGUCGACACCCUCUGGCAGAGAAGGCCCUGUCAGAGUCCUUUGCCCGGUUGCGGUACCGGGACACGUCCCUGCUGAUCUGGCAGCAGCAGCAGCAGGAGCUGGAGGCAGCGCCGCCCUCAACCUACCUGAACCGCAGCCAGUCAACCUGGUACAGCAGCUUCGGGAACCAGGCUGUUCUGGUCCGGGACAAGAGGGGUCUUCAGGACACAGAAGGACGGUCCAGGAUCUGCAGCAUCAUGUAGACAGGAACCAGAAACUGGUUUGAUGUAAACCAGAAGCAGACUGAACUGAUUGUUAAGUUUGUGGUUCAGAGAACAACCUCAACAUGAAAUUCUUUGUUAGAGCUGAACUUUGAUUUUCCCUUCAAACCUCAAGUUCCUUCAUCUCUGACACCUUCUGGUGGACACAGACAUUAGAAGACAUGUCCAGACCUGGUUUUGGUGAUGGACUCACUGGUCUGGUGUGUUUCUUCUUCCUGUUUUCUCCAGUUUGGUGUUUGGUUUAAACAUCAACAGUUCAGAUUUUAUGGUCUUAGAGUCAGUGCACAAUCAGAGAAGACAACACAUGGAGCUGUUUUGGAGGACUACAUAGACCAGAAUGCACUGCAGUGACCUCAGCACAGACUCAUUUUGUCAGCAACAGUGAAAAGCAAAAGUGUUCACUCAAAGUGUUUAUGAUGUUAACAGCAGUGUUCCACUUGGCUCCAGAUUCUGGUUUUCACCAACAAUUAAAGGUUUUGUUUAUU